UCGUAUGUGUGUGUGUAUAACGUGUAUAUAAAAGUUAUAUUUUUAUAAAAGCAUUGAUGUCUGUAUAUUUUACAUAUUUCUGAUAGUUUGUUGUAUAAAUUUUGCUGUGCAUUCCGAGUGCUGGUUUUGUAUCAAAACAGUUCUCAUGCGUUUAAAAGAAGAUAUAAAAGAGCCUGUCGAAGAAAUGUCUGGAGGAGAAGAAAAGAAAUGUCCCAAGUGUACUGAGGUGCUAGAUGUUGAAGAAAUCAAUUUCUUUCCCUGUGAAUGUUACUAUCAGGUUUAUCCAGACAAUCCAGUAAAUUUCAAGCCUAUGACACAAGAACAAAUGCUGAAAAUCAGAAAUCGGAAAAAGAAAAAAGAUUUAGAGAAAAAGCAGAAAAUUGAUGAAAUUAAAAAAAAUCUGGCUGAUCGCAGAGUGCUCCAAAAGAAUUUGGUGUUCAUCGUUGGUCUGCCUCAGGGGCUUGAGUCUGAUAAAGAAAAAUUUGAAAAAAUCAUGGAACCUUUUAAACAAAUAGGUCCUGUUCUAAAGUGUAUGGUUAAUGAGCGGACGAAUUAUGCUGGAAAUCAGGGAGCGAGUGCUUGUGCAUAUGUAACAUAUCAAAACAAAGUAGAUGCAGUAAAAGCUAUAAAAACUUUAAUAGGCACAAAAGUGGAAGGCCGAACUAUUAAAGUAUCUAUGGGAACAACAAAAUACUGUAGUAAUUUUUUAAAGAAUGUUCAAUGUACGAAACAAGACUGUAUGUAUCUGCAUGGGAUUGCAGAAAAUGAAAUUAGUUUUACCAAAGAAGAAAUGCAAUUAGGGAACCAUAUAGAAAUUGAACAAAGGCUCUGUGAAGAAAUUUUAGCCAAUGACUUAAAAGAAAAAAGUCAAGAUAGCCAACUUGAAGAAUCAAACAUCAGCCAAAAAACAAUACAAUUGUCAUCUGUAAAUAAUGAACAAAGUCAGUCUGAAGAACUUUCAAGGGUAAAUUCUGAAAGUUCACUAGAUUCACCAUUAACAUCAAGUACAGAGAGUGACAGACCACCGUCUGUAUCCAUCAAAGAAGAAACAGUAGGGUUUAAUUACAUUCAGAGUAAUUUCCAAUCAAGUUUGGAUUUCUCAGAUCCUGCCCAAAGUGAUCAUCAUGUGGAAUUAUGUGAUUCAAGUGAAAAGCGAGUCAUUUCUGUGGAACAACCGCAAACAUUUCAAGAAACUUUAGCAGUGAAUGGCUUUAGCAAUUCCAGCGACUUCCAUAAUAUAUUGCAUGCAUUUCAGCAGCCGUCCAAAAACACAGUUGCCCAAGGUUCUUUUCCCACAGCACAAAACUCAAAUUUGUCUGUACCUAGUUGUUUAAUGCCAUGGAAAGGAAAUUCACGUAAAGAAACUAGUACAUUGAAUCCUUUAGCAGCUCCAUUUCAAAAUCAUUCAUCCUAUUUCUCUAAUAUCAAUGAAGAAGCAAAUUGUGUACAUAAUGGAAUAGAUGAAUUUCCAGUUUAUGAACCAACUCUACGAGAUAUAUUAGGUUUUGAUCCUGUUCAGGUUGCACUAGAUAACUUGAAUCAACUUUGUAUAGAGGAAAGGUGCAACCAAAUCCGUCAAAGAUUUUUAAACUCAAGAUCUCAAAAUUUAUUUGGUUAUUCAAGCACAGAUGGUCCAGACCCUCGAAGGUUACGGGUAACACAAACACCACCAAAUAGGCUUGCACAUCCAGAUUCUAGGCCUCAUUUGCUUAUGUCAAACCUCCAACAAAGGCUGAGAAAUGCUCCAGAUUUUUUUCCAAAUGUUGCUACACAACCUCAUUUUCAGUAUCCAACCCCAGCACCUCGCGAAUCAGUUCCUUAUUCAACGCCUACUCGAUCACCUGCAAUAGAAAAUUUAAUGCAACUUAAUAACGCUACAGGAUCUGGCAGAUUGUGUAUGCCUGUCGUUCCUCAAAUUUCUCAGACCGACUUGUUGAACAGUCAGAUGUUAAGCAGUCCAAGUUCCUUUGUGUCAGAUUUCAGUCAGCGUCAGUUAAACCAGUUUCAGAAUAGAGACUAUCUUGAUUCUAUAUCACUUCCUGCAUUACAACAACAACAACAACAGAGGUUACAGCAGCAACAUUUUGCUCAGCCAGUGGUGAACAAUAAUGCUCAACUUCCACCAUUGUACAGAAAUGCCAAUUUAAAUAUGAGAGUGCCACAGCUGCCACCACCACUACCACAACAACAGCAGAGACUAAUGAAUGAUUUCUCAGCAAGACAAUUCCAGCAGCUCGGAUUAAACUUUAAUAAUCUCUUAUUACAAGAUCUACAGUAUCAGCACCCCAACAAUCUUCAUAUUCCAUCAUCUAAUCAUAUGGGAAUGCCACCUCCAGGUCUGUGAUAUUGCCAAAUGUUUUAGUCAUUGUAACAAAUCGCCUCCUAUACAAGCAUUGUGAUAUAUUUGUAACUUAGUAUAUAUAAAAUGAAGUAAGGUUUAUUUUUACAACACGUUCUUGUAAUUUAUCAUAAGAGAUUUGAGAGAAAUAACUUAGUUUUGUUAAUUAAAGUAUUUUUCAAAUA